AUGUCACCGUCGGCCAUCUCGGAUCCUGUGACGCCCUCAAACGGUUACGCUUCCCAAGGCGCAACCGACUACGCUGUCCAAAGGCCUGCUGCCAACUUUAACGGCUACGACCAUAUAACCUGGUGGGUUGGCAACGCCAAGCAGGCUGCCGGAUACUACAACGCCUUCUUCGGAUUCAAGACCAUCGCCUACCGGGGCCUUGAGACCGGUAGUCGGUAUUUUGCUUCCUACGUGAUUGCUAAGGACGACAUCCGCUUCGUCUUUACAUCUCCCAUCCGUUCAGAGAAGCACCUGCCAGCGGAUGAGCCCAUCUCGCCCGAGGACAGGCACCUGCUCCGUGAGAUCCACGAGCACCUGGAGAAGCAUGGCGACGCCGUCAAGGAUGUUGCUUUUGAGGUAGACAAUGUGGAUGGUGUGUACGACAAGGCCGUCGCCAAGGGCGCCGACUCGGUGCAGCCGCCCAUGACGACGGGCGACAAGGAGCACGGCCACGUGCGGACAGCCGUCAUUCGCACCUACGGUGACACCACGCACACUCUCAUCGCACGCCACAACUUCCGCGGCGCCUUUAUGCCGGGUUUCCGCGCUGUCACGUCCUCCCCGGCCACCGUCACGCUGCCGGAUGUGCCGCUCGCGCGCAUCGACCACUGCGUCGGCAACCAGGAUUGGAACGAAAUGGUGUCCGCCUGCGCCUUUUACGAGCAGUGCCUGUCAUUCCACCGCUUCUGGUCGGUCGACGACAGCCAGAUCUGCACCGAGUUCUCAGCGCUGAGCAGCAUCGUCAUGGCGAGCCCCAACAACGUGGUCAAGAUGCCCAUCAACGAGCCCGCCCCGGGCAAGAAGAAGUCGCAAAUCGAGGAGUACGUCCAGUUCAACUCGGGCCCGGGAGUGCAACACAUCGCACUGCUCACCCCGGACAUUGUCUCGGCCGUGGCCGCCCUGCGCGCGAGGGGCGUCGAGUUCAUCGCCGUGCCCAAGACAUACUACGACACGAUGCGCAUGCGCCUCAAGACGGAGCGACGCAACUGGGAGCUCAAGGAGGAGUUUGACGUCAUUGAGCGGCUGAAUAUCCUUAUCGACUAUGACGAGCAGGGAUACCUGCUGCAGCUAUUCACCAAGCCCCUGAUGGACCGGCCAACGGUGUUUAUCGAGAUCAUCCAGCGGAAUGAGUUUGACGGCUUUGGAGCAGGCAAUUUCAAGAGCCUGUUUGAGGCGAUUGAGCGGGAGCAAGCGGAGCGCGGGAAUCUGUAA